ACUUCCAAUUCGAAUUCCAAGCGGAUGUAGUAUGCACAUAUUUUAGUUCUCGUCGCCUUUAACACACUUACCUCGCUCUUUCGCGAUCCAACGCGUAUAACCUUUUCCUGCGCCGACAUUAUAGGCGCUCUAAUGUUUUGCUAAUAAGUGUUGCACAACAAUUGUUUAUGCUGGGUUAUUUGUUCGUUGUUCCUGUUGUUGUUGCAAAGUGAAAGUGUGUGCGAGAAGGACAGCUUUCGGGGUCACGUUGACAGCCAAAGAAGGAGGAGUGCUGAUUAGAAAACCGAGCCCGGAUGAACGAUAAAAGAUGAAUGAAAACAAAAUCCCAGCCCGAACGAUCUUUCCAAAUUUUUAGCUGCUGGCCGAUACUACGACCGAGCAAAGAGCGAAAAGUGAAUGACAAGUGUGACCGCGGGCGAACCGUUAAAAUAUACGAAGAACGGCUGACAGGGCUGGCGAGUGCAUGGGCACAGUUUGUGACUGAAGCCAGAAAAAAUACUAAGCGUGACUAAAAUUAGUUCAGUGUAUAAAUGUUAAAAAUUACUUAAAUAUUUUUGACAAUAUAAGUGAAAGCAAUACUUAUACCCGCACAUCAUUUACAGCCCUAUUAACAUUUUAAGUUGUAAAUAUCUAAACUACCAAAACGAAAUAUUUGGUAAAUUAUGAAGCCCUGACAACUCUGUAGUCGAUAGGCAAAAGAGCUCGCGCCAUGAGCCUAUCGUUCUCAGCUGUUUGGAAGCAAAACAAAGGGGAAGGACUAUCAAUUGGAAAUGUUUCUGUUCAUCAGCCGUCCCACGCGGACGCUGGGCAACCGAAUGCAGGCGGUUCGGGAGCGCUUGGGUCCGGACUUAGCUGAUCAACUGGACGCUCUGCAUCGUAAUGUGAUGCGGACUGGUCUGGUGUCCACACAGGAGCUGGAGGAGGCAUUCCGCAAAACGCGCGACAUGGACCACAACCCGAACCGGUUGAAUCUGCUCUGGCUGCUGGGCAUCGUGUUCUUCAUCAUGGUGGCCACCCCGGUCUUUUAUGAGACCAUCUCGUUCCUGCUCGGAGUGCGUUGCUUUCUGCCCAACAACUACUUGGUAUGGGAGGCCACCAGGCCCAUUAGUGACUGCGAGUUUUGUAAAGGGGUGAGGGCUCCCCUGAUCUUGGCCAAUCUCACCAUGGAGGAGUUUGCACCGCACGCGUACUCCUCAAUGCCCAUCAUUGUGAAGAGGGCGGUGGCUCACUGGCCAGCACAAAAGAACCUCAGCUUUGCCUUCAUAAAAGAAUUGUACGAAAGUGUCCCGGGAGCAAUGGACUCAGAUUGCCAGUUUCUGCACUUCAACUCUGAUCUCAAGUCGCUGAAGCAUGUGUUUUCCAUGUCCGCGGAGCGUUCAAAUCUUACUCAAGGAGUGCCCUGGUUCGUGGGCUGGAGUGUCUGCCAGCCGGCCGUCCUGGCGGAGCUCAGAAAGCUGUAUCCCCGCCCGCAUUUCCUGCCCUUCGAUGCUGAAAUGCCUCACACGGACUUCAUAUUAAUGGGCUACGAGCAAGGGGCUGUGAUGCAUCUUGAUUACAUUCCCCGCCUGUUGUGGCAAGCUCAGUUAAGUGGCAACAAGACCUGGUUUCUGGCACCUGCUCCUGAAUGUGACCACCAGUGUCAGCCCUUCUCCUUCUAUGUGGAGCCCGGAGAUGCUGUGUUGGUGGACACACGCAUCUGGUACCAUGCCAAUUCAAUUCCCAAGGGUCAGUUUUCGCUCACCGUUCAGUCCGAGUAUGGAUGAGAUGCACCUUGUAGUUCUGAGACUCAGAAUUCAAACAGCCAUGUUAGUCCAAACUUUCAUAUGGUAUAAACUCCCUAUUAAGAUCUCGUUAAAACCACUGAAGACUUGAAAUACGUGUAGUGCACUCUAAAAAUUGUGCUUUUAAAAAUAAAAACCCAAGUAAUCCGUAAGCGAUCAU